CAUAAUUUCCUUGUUCUUUGUGUUCUCUAAAACCCUAAUCUUCCCAGCCGUCCUUCACUUGCUCUCUGUGCCAACAACACAGGCGCUCUCCCAUAGGAGUGUAAGCAUAACAACUGGUGCUUUCAUCCUGCUCGAACUCGAGGAUGUCCGGCGACGACUCUCCUUCCUCCCCGUCGCAUGUCAAUCAAGCUUUGGACGAUAUGCGAACUGCCAUCCAGAACCUUGCCUUGGAGAUCCGUACGUCACGCCAGGAGCAUCAAGCGUUGGUCCAACGCGUGGACACCUUAUUCGACCCUCGGGGUUUUACUCCUCCCACGCCCAGGGGCGGGUUUGGCCAGACGCCCAACGGACCACGCCGUCCUCCUCCGGGGUUUCCCAUAAUCACAAAUCCCAUGCACGACGCUUACCCUCCGAAGGUCAGAUUUGAUGCCCCCAAAUUUAAUGGGUCAGACCCGGCGGGGUGGGUAUUCAAAGUUCAGUCGAAUUUUGAUUAUUUUCGUACCCCUGACGAGGUGCGGCUUCGGCUUGUUGGCUUGCUCUUUGAAAGUCCCGCGUCGGAUUGGUUUCUCUAUCAACAUAACAACAACUGUAUCACAUCUUGGCCGGCGUUUCUAGAGGCGGUAAAGCAGCGGUUUGAUCCUUCCCAUUAUGAGGACUCUAUGGGGCUUUUAUGCAAAUUACAACAGCGUGCGUCCGUGAUUGAUUAUCAGGCGGACUUUGAACGGUUAUUAAAUAAGAUUAUCGGUGUGCCGAAACCGACGCUAAUUUCUAUCUAUAUCGCUGGUUUGAAACAGCCAACUCGGCGAGAGGUUCUUUUGCGACGUCUGGUGACGUUGGGACAAACUUUUGUUUUGGCGCGGGAACUAGCGGCAAACUAUAAAGACACUUUGGCGGCACUUUUGGGCUCUUCAAAAAGGGUGUGGGGUUCGGCGGCCACAACUAGUGCUGGAGCUUCAACAAGUCGCACGCUUGAGUCCACAUCCAAAACUGGCCAGCCCUCUUCUUCGGCCGUGUCGUCUUCUCUUCCGGUGCGCCGUUUCUCAGCAGCCGAACGCGCGGAUCGGACGACAAAGGGCCUAUGUUGGAACUGUGACGAGAACCUUGCCGAUGCUACAUGGGAACCGGUUGCUUUGUUGAAGGCCAACUACCCCGAUUUGGUCCUUGAGGACAAGGACGUUUUGGUCGGCGGGGCAGAUGAUACGGCCCGUCAAGAGGGCCAGGUGUUGGAGCGCGUGGAAAGCCCAGAAAUACAACGAGAGCCAAGACAUUCGGGCCGGGCGUCUAGACCACUGGCCCAACUUCCAUCAACCCCAAUACUGGGGGGCGGGAUAUGGCUGAGAAGCCGAUCCCAAUCCACCGACUGCUUCGAGUUUCUCCAUUUGCCCAUCAUACUGAUCGCCGCCCUGAUAAUGGCGGCCUCAGCCGCCGGCCUCGCCGGAGCCUUCUACGACAUCAACAUCCUCAUAUACAUCUACGUCUGGUGCACCUUCGCCAUCCUCCUCCUCCUCAUCGCCUUCAUCUUCUUCGCCUAUGGCGUCACGGAAGGCACCGGCCGGCCCGUCCUGAACCGGGCUUACCAGGAGUUUUAUCUCCAAGACUUCUACGGGUGGCUUGUCCGAGCCGUCACCGCCCCCACUCACUGGGCCCAGAUCGGCCGUUGUCUUAGGGGUUCUCGUGUUUGCGAGAACAUGGUGAGCUCUCUCAACGGAUUCCCGGAAACCGCCGACAUGUUUUACACGAGAAACCUAAGCCCUAUUCAGUCGGGAUGUUGCAAACCUCCUACGGCCUGUCGAUUCGCUUACGUGAACGAGACCUACUGGAAGACGACGACGACGUCGACCAACAGGGGAAUGUUACUGGGGGCGGCAACGGAGAGAGACUGCGGCCGGUGGAGCAACGAUCAGCGGCAACUAUGCUACGGCUGCGACUCGUGCAAAGCGGGGGUGAUGGGGAGCGUGAGGGAGAGCUGGAGGACGGCGUCCGUCAUCAACCUCGUCAUGUUCUUCUUCCUAGCAAUCGCGUACACGGUGGCGUGCAUCGCGUUUCGGCUCAAGAAAGACGACGAGCCGCGGCCGGGUUGGGAAACCGGGAAGCAGGUUGAGAAGGGCGAGUCGUCGUCGCGUUAUUAUUACAGCGAUGAGACUAAAAUUGACAACAAGUAAUUAAGGGUUGUGUGAUUUGUGAAAGGUUCUAAGACUUUUAGAACUAGUUGUGCUUAGCUUGUUUGAUCAAUUCAAAGAGCAGCUGGCAUAUUGUAUGUUUUCCUUGAGGCCGGCCGGUAACGGGUCAUCAUGGGCCUUUCAUGGCAUAUGCUCCUUUCACUGCUUGGAGUAUGUGUUUUAUCAUAUGAUGGGUCACAAUUUUGAGAUGCACUCAACGUUCGUUGUGUGUUUUGUUUUAUGAAUAAUAGAUCAGGUGCUUA